AUGUCGACAUGGAAGGCGUGCUGGUUGCAGGUGUUGGAGAUUUGUGGUGUUUCAACUAUGCUGAGAGGCUACCCUGUUCAGGUUGUAGGAAGCGCAUUAAAGCUGCUUGCAGCCCAAGGUAAAUCUUUUAUCACAGAAUUCAGCGAUUUCUCAAGAGAAUUGCUAUGGCUUCGAUGUGAUGAUUGUCCCUACACCAGCAUUCCUUCCCACUUCUCCAUGCAAAAGUUGAGAGUUUUAGAGCUAUUAAAGGGAUCUUGUCAGCUUGACACUUUGUGGCAGAGUCAUAAACAGGCUCCCACACUGUUGCGCGAGCUUUCUGUACACCACCUCAAGAGUUUUCCCGAAUCAAUAGGACUUCUCAAGCAUUUGGAAAAGAUACUUUUGCGUGCAGGUUUAAUGGAAACUUUACCAGAUGAGUUGUAUUCCUUCAAUCAAUUAAUACAGCUCCAGUACCUGUCGUUGUACUUUUGUGACUGCUUAAUGAUCUCCUCAGAUAUUCCGAGAAAUAUCAGAAUGCUUGAGUACUUAGACUACACAUCCAUUAGAGUGGAGAGUGUUAAUUUUUAG